AUGGGCAGCCUCCACGUGUUCCUCGUCCGAAGGGCUGCCCCGAGACGCUUCCGGGCGGUCGUGAGCGACGCUUGAAACCGCGGGUGCGCGAGCUAUGGCACCCGUAAAGCACUCGGUGAGGCAGCUAGCGGCCCGUAAGACUCUAGCCAAGCGGUUGUGUGCUCGGGGGCGCUGGGCUUCGGUCUGUGACACCCCUGGAGACCGCAAGGUUCCCCGAAGAGCACCGCGGGACGCCGUCGACGCGUCGUCCGCCGGGGCAGCCCCAAAAAGCACUUCGCGAGGCGCCAUCGACGCUAGUUUGCCCAGGGCAGCCGAGACGCCGCACGAUGGACAUCGGCCAUCAAUUAGAUAGGAUGAAGGAGUCCUUCCUCUGGGCGGCCGCGAAAGGAGGAAGGGAGGAGGAGGUCGAGUCGUUACUGUCGAUCGGCGCCGACGUGAACUGGCGGAACGGCGACGAGGGCGAGACGCCUUUAAUAGCUGCGUGUCGCUCUGGCCACCGGGGCGUCGCGGCGCUGCUUCUAGCCCAUGGCGGCGACGCCAUGGGCACGUCUCGGAAUGGAGAAUCGGCGUUGCAUGCCGCCUGUCGGCGCGGCGACGAGGAGCUCUGUGCGUUGUUGGUGGACGCUGGUGCUCAUGACGAAGGAGCCUUCGAAGCAGGUAUUUCCGCGGGCCACGGCCAGAUGGUCCAGCGGCUGCGCGGCUUGGGGCGGCGCCACGCGGCGGCGGCCCAGGCUUCCUCCCGCAGACCGCCGCCGUCCAUCCGUAGUGCGGCGUUACCAGCAGUGGAGGUGCCUAGACGCUCACCUAGAAGGCGGGACCCGGCCCAGGAGCUGCUCGAGGAGGUGCGGAGCGGCUACCGCGAGCGGGCCGCCGACGCCGCCGAACGUAGGAUGCGGGACGACGAGCCGCCGGCCUGCCCGACGCCGCAGGCUGUGGAUAUUGUUGCUGCGAGACUCGACGAGGCAGCUAAAGGGCGUAGACAGGAGCAGCAGAAGCGGGAGAGAGCUCAAAGGGAGGCGGACGCGGCGCGCGCCCAGUCGAACCAACUUUUAGCUGAGUUGAUGCAGGCCCAGACCGUGGCGUCCAAACUCAGAGAGAAGGAAACUUCACUGAAAAGAGACCUGCGGCGGUUGCGCGGGCGAGGGUUAUCUGGUAUGGAGGUUGAGGAACUCGCUUCUCUAGAAAGAGACUUGCGGGCGGCUUUACGUAGAGUCACGUUGGCCAAAGAGAAGAGGUUGAAAGCCUCAGUACACGUCCCGGACGGCUACGUCUGCCCGAUCACGCGGGAAUUGAUGCGCGACCCCGUGUUUUGUGGCGACGGCCACACGUACGAACGGGACGCCAUAUCGGUCUGGUUGAUGACGAAGGACACGUCGCCGAAGACCGGGUGUGUUUUGGAAACGAAGGCGCUGAUCCCGAACUUCGCGCUGCGGAGCGCGAUCGACGAUUUGCGCAAUCGACGGCGCCUCGCGGACGAGGUGGCGGAGGACGACGACGCGAAGACCCUUCCGGCGAGUCCUGGGUAAGGCCUAGACUGAAAAUCGAUUUGCUAGUGUGUCUUACAUGACGCUAGCUCCCUUUGGUGGCCUCGACAAAUUUGUUCGCUGCCAGCCACAUCUCUGC